AUGGAUGAAUUUUUUGAGUUUGAUAAACGACGCCAUCUAGUUUUACACAAUUUAAUAAAAGUUCAACAUCCUGGCAACAUUGACAUUGAAGUUCACAUUUUCGUAGUUCUCUCGGCCGCCAUUUCGGCGUCACUAUCGCUUUUUGCAAUUGAUUGUAACGCCCUCGUUGAGAAAAUUGUGAAUUAUGUUGCAGCCAUGCCACCACCUGACAUAAAGGGAAAAGGCAAGACUGUAAUGACAUACAUAGAACCAACAAUGAUUACAGUUAACAGUGCACCAGAUGAAGAGCCAGACAAUGGGGUCACAUAUUUUGUUGAUGAGGAAGGACGGUAUUAUUAUCAGCCCGCGGGUGAUAAUCAAAGCAUUGUUUCCUUACCCACAGCAGUUACCAAUGAAAAUGAGGGCAUAGCAGAAGAGCAGAGGUUAGUAGAUGGUGAAGCAUAUCAAACUGUAGCUUUGGUCCCUUCUGACACUGGCACAGGAGAAGUGAGCUAUGUCCUGGUAGUACAAGAGGACAAUAAGUCUGAUGUGAAAAUUGGGAUCAAAAUGGAUGAGGACAAACUUCAAGAAGAUGAAGAAGAAAAGGGAAAUGAAGAUGUUUACACUUUUGAAGAUGACGAAGAAGGUGGCGAGGAACAAUCUGCUGAAGAGGAUGAACCAACUGGCAAAGCAAAACCAGCAACUAAUAAACGGAAGUACCUGCGACCACAUUUCACCUGCACAAUUUGCACUUACACAAGUCAUAGACGCUUCCUACUCUUACGACAUAUGAAAUCCCAUUCAGAAGACAGACCACACAAAUGUGGGGUGUGUGAACGUGGAUUCAAGACCAUUGCUUCCCUACAGAAUCAUGUGAACAUGCAUAAUGGGGUGAAACCGCACAUUUGCAAGUAUUGCAACAGUUCAUUUACUACCUCUGGCGAGUUGGUGCGCCAUGUUCGAUACAAACAUACGCAUGAAAAGCCCCAUAAGUGCACAGAAUGUGACUAUGCGUCUGUAGAAUUGUCCAAACUACGGCGACACAUGCGUUGUCAUACAGGCGAACGGCCUUAUCAGUGUCCAAACUGCACAUAUGCAUCUCCAGACACGUUCAAGCUGAAACGUCAUUUGCGUACCCACACAGGAGAAAAGCCAUACAAAUGUGACCAUUGCAAUAUGUGCUUCACACAGUCCAACUCGCUCAAGGCACACAAACUGAUUCAUAAUGUUGCAGAGAAGCCCGUUUACGCUUGUGAAUUAUGUCCGGCUAAGUGUGGGCGUAAGACAGAUCUGCGGGUGCAUGUUCAGAAACUCCAUACCUCUGACAAACCGCUUAAGUGUAAGCGUUGUGGAAAGACCUUCCCCGACAGAUAUUCCUGCAAAGUGCACAUCAAGACUCACGAAGGCGAGAAAUGCUUCAAAUGUGAAUUGUGCCCGUACGCGUCUACGACGUUGCGGCACCUCAAAUCGCAUAUGCUCAAGCAUACGGACCAGAAGCCGUUUGCUUGCGAGGAGUGCGAUCAGUCUUUCAGACAAAAGCAGCUACUGCGACGGCAUCAGAACCUCUAUCACAAUCCGAACUACGUUCCGAAGCCGCCCAAAGAGAAAACUCAUACGUGCCACGAAUGUCAACGUACAUUCGCCCACAAAGGCAAUCUGAUCCGGCACUUGGCCGUACACGACCCGGAUUCUGGCCAUCAAGAACGAGCGUUAGAACUCAAACUGGGCCGUCAGAGGAAGAUCAAAUACGUCGACGCUUCUAUACAGGCUCGUGACGAAGAAGAAGAAGAAGAAGAAGAGCCUCCGGAAGAGCGAGAACAAUUGAUGAGAGAAUUACGACGGGGCGAGCUCGUUACUGUGGCGGAUGGUGAUCAUCAUCAAUAUGUGGUGCUCGAAGUGAUACAAUUGGAAGAUGGUACAGAACAAGUGGCUGUAGUCGCACCAGAUUAUGUGGAAGAUCAAGAAGACGACGAAGAAGAAGCUGAUGUAGAAAAGAAAUACAUAACAGAAGAACAAAUAAGGGUGAAGCGACAAGCAGAUCCUGGGGAACGAAUAAAAUUAGAGAAAGAUGUGGAGUCUUGCUUUGGGUUCGAUGAGGAGGAAGAAACGGAACAUAACGAAACAAAUUUUAAUCAGAAACUCGUGCUGCGCAUCGUUUAG